GUUUGAGGAGCACCGGAGCCGCGACCGUGGAUUGGACGCUUCCCCAGAGACCCAGAAGCAGAAGGAGCGGACCCAGGGUAAGGGGCGGGCGCCAGGAGGACGUCGGAGGCUAAAGACUAGAGUGGAGAGUGACAGGGAGAGACUUACAGGGUAAUAAGCACCAAGAAUGCCAAAAAUUCCUCUUGGAGGGCUUCCUUCUGGGAUAGCUCUACCAGAUGGUGGCUGCCAGGACUAGAGCUCCUAGUGCCCUCUUCCCCUUAGUCCUCGCUGCCCUGGAUCCGCCCCAAGUCGCAGGACCCUGCAGCCUCUGUACACCCUGCCUCAUACCCUCCUACCCACUCAGGUCCUGAUACAGUCCUUGUCCUGGAGUGGACUGGAGACCUCUGAAGGAUUUACAGCUGAAUGGAUGGAAAAAAAAAAAAAAAACAGCCUCCGGCUAGGGUGAUGGGAAGAUGGGCCCUUUAAGAGGAGAGCUUUCUGCUCAGGAUAGAAGGAUGUAAAUUAACAGUAUUGCACACCUGCUAGGUGGCAGGUGUUUUAAGUGCUUUCUUUCAUUUCUUCCUCAACCUGGGAGCUGGCGUUCUCGUGUGAUCGAGGUCAUACAGUUGCAGCCGGCACCAUGGAGAUUGUGUACGUGUACGUCAAGAAGCGCAGCGAGUUCGGGAAGCAGUGCAAUUUCUCGGACCGCCAGGCCGAGCUGAACAUCGACAUCAUGCCCAACCCUGAGCUGGCCGAGCAGUUCGUGGAGCGGAACCCAGUGGACACGGGCAUCCAGUGCUCGAUCAGCAUGUCGGAACACGAGGCCAACUCAGAGCGGUUUGAGAUGGAGACCCGGGGAGUUAACCAUGUCGAGGGGGGCUGGCCCAAGGACGUGAACCCCCUGGAGCUGGAGCAGACCAUCCGUUUCCGGAAGAAAGUGGAGAAAGAUGAGAACUACGUUAACGCCAUCAUGCAGCUCGGCUCUAUCAUGGAGCACUGCAUCAAGCAGAACAAUGCCAUUGACAUCUACGAAGAGUAUUUCAACGACGAGGAGGCCGUGGAAGUGACGGAGGAGGACCCUUCAGCUAAAACCAUCAAUGUGUUCAGGGACCCCCAGGAAAUCAAGAGGGCUGCCACGCACCUCUCCUGGCACCCCGAUGGCAACAGGAAGUUGGCAGUGGCAUACUCCUGCUUGGAUUUUCAGCGGGCACCUGUGGGCAUGAGCAGCGAUUCAUACAUCUGGGACCUGGAAAACCCCAACAAGCCUGAACUUGCUCUGAAGCCAUCGUCUCCACUCGUGACGUUGGAGUUCAACCCCAAAGAUUCCCACGUGCUCCUGGGUGGCUGCUACAAUGGACAGAUAGCCUGCUGGGACACCCGAAAGGGCAGCCUGGUGGCGGAGCUAUCCACCAUUGAGUCCAGCCACCGAGACCCUGUGUAUGGCACCAUCUGGCUGCAGUCGAAGACGGGCACCGAGUGCUUCUCAGCAUCCACGGAUGGGCAGGUCAUGUGGUGGGACAUCCGAAAGAUGAGCGAGCCCACUGAAGUCGUGAUCUUGGACAUCACCAAGAAGGAACAGUUGGAAAAUGCCUUGGGGGCCAUCUCCCUGGAGUUCGAAUCUACUUUGCCCACCAAGUUCAUGGUGGGGACCGAGCAGGGCAUUGUCAUCUCCUGCAAUCGCAAGGCCAAGACGUCAGCUGAGAAGAUUGUGUGCACCUUCCCGGGCCAUCAUGGCCCCAUCUACGCCCUCCAGAGAAACCCCUUCUACCCGAAGAACUUCCUGACGGUUGGCGACUGGACAGCCCGCAUUUGGUCUGAAGACAGCCGGGAAUCGUCCAUCAUGUGGACCAAGUACCACAUGGCUUACCUCACUGAUGCUGCCUGGAGCCCUGUGAGGCCGGCUGUUUUCUUUACCACCAGGAUGGACGGAACCCUGGAUAUCUGGGACUUCAUGUUCGAGCAGUGCGAUCCCACCCUCAGCCUAAAGGUGUGUGACGAGGCCCUCUUCUGCCUCCGGGUGCAGGACAAUGGGUGUCUCAUCGCCUGCGGCUCCCAGCUGGGGACAACCACCCUGCUGGAGGUCUCGCCUGGGCUCUCUACCCUCCAGAGGAAUGAGAAGAACGUAGCCUCUUCCAUGUUUGAGCGUGAGACCCGGCGAGAGAAGAUCCUGGAGGCCAGGCACCGGGAGAUGCGGCUGAAGGAGAAGGCAGCAACCAAGUCCAGAGGAAGACCAGGUGGUGGAGGAGGGAGAGGAAGCAGCGGGGGAAGAAGGGGAUGAAGAAGUGGAAGAAGACUUAGCCUAGAAGUCAGCCUUCGACUGCGGCGCUAUCCCUGUGUGCCUUCCUCUCCCACCUCUUGACCCUCAACCAGACUUGCAUGGCCAUGGCAGGGCCUCGGGAAGACCUUCAGGAGCGGGGAAGGGUUUCUCCUCCAUGAUCGACCCUCCUCGUCCACCUACAAAUCAGGAACAGAAAGUCUGUCCACUUUGAAAAUACCUUUCCAGGCAGCUCCCUGACCAUUUGGACACAUUGCCAUGACAGGAGCCUCCAAGUAUGUGGGAGGGGACAGGCGGGACAAGCUUGGCUGUUCUGCUGCACCUGAAUGCUUUCUGUUAUCCUAAUUCUUGUAAAAUUAAAUGAAUCAUAACAAUGCCA